CACUAAUUGGGGGCCAUAUUAUGCAUCAUGAUAUAUAAGGCGUCACCCUCGUGGAAGUUCAAUCGUCCAACGACGUGUUUUCUUUGCGCCUUUCAAGCUGCUAGGGCUGACGAGCUCGAUUUAUCUCUGUCCACUCAACCAAUCAUCAAUCACCGCAGGAGCCAUCACAUCAUCUGGCAUAGUACCUAUAUUCCGACCGACAUAAGUCCCUUGCGAAUUCCCAGUGCAUAGCCAUAACCACUGCAAUGACUCGCGUCGCUACCGUUUUCGAACAAAUCCACAAAAGCGCACCCAUCGAGCGCUGGGCCCAAUACGAUACGCACAAGCUUAUGGUCAUCUCACCAUCGGAGUCACAAGCAGACCAUGCGUCCACUGUCCAAGCGUUGAUUGGGUUUCUAGACAAGACACGCACAACAGUCUAUGAAGCGCUCCCCGCAAGACCCAUUCAAUCACUCAAGGCGCCCCACUUACUUUAUGGCGCUGACGGAGGGUCUGUGCCAGAGCUUUUAUCAACGGAAGCAACGUACUUGAUGGCUUGGUGUGUUCUGAUCAUGUUCCUCCUGGUAAUCGGGGGUUCGUUCUAUCGCGCGUGGACGCGAGCGCCGGCUAAGAGCCUCCUCCCUGUAUGACGGGUGCCUUCUUGCCUGAGAAAUUGGGCUGUCAUUUUGGAGUUUGGUUCGUAGCGAGAUAAUGAGUCUGGGUGUGCAUCGAUCUUUCAGCAUGAGAUGGCGUUGUGACGUGAUAUUUUUUGGCUAUAAUGAUUCCCCUUUGUUUUUCGAUAACGUUGUCAAUGCAUUUCAUCAUGUUUCUGUGCCAGAUUUCUGCAGUCAGCGGGAGGCCUUCCUUUCUUUCUCUCUUUUUUCUUUUUGUUUUGGGGUGCUGCAUGUUUUCCCACGCCUUUCU